UUGAGACGUCACCAGCUGUUGGUGAAAUGCCAUAAAUGUAGACCUAUGCAUCUUGUAGAUAUGCAGCAAAGUUUUGUAAUUCGUAGUUAGGAGAUUUGAAUAGGAACAACAAGGAUGGAAUUCCUUUGAAUUCUUGUCAUUGGAACUCCUUCUACAAAGAAAGAUUUAGGAUUCUAUCGUUGUGGUUAUGUACCCGCGUAAAACAAGGAAUCUACAAGAUAUGUGGAUGAAGGUUUUGGACACUACCAUUGUUCGGCAAUUUCUUGAUAAAUUCCAAGUUUAAUAUUUUAUGGUAAUAAUUUCGAAAUCACAGAAGAGAACCUAAAGGAAUUUGAUGACAAUGGGUUUAUCAUUGUCAAAGGUUUUUUUGACGCAGAGGAAAUUCGCAAAUUAAAGAAGUGCUUUGAAGACACCGAGGAGGUGGUGAACAAUAAAAUGAAAGUAGAUGACAGUUUAGGAAAAGAGGUAAAUCUGACGGUUUGGAGUCAUCCUGGAAAUGACGUCACAGGGAUGGCAGCAAGGUCUGAAAAAGUCACCAAUGCAGUGGAGAAGUUACUUGGAGGUUCUGAAAUUUACCAUUACCAUGGGAAGUUGGUACAGAAAAAUGCUAAGUCAGGUGGAACUUUUCUGUGGCACCAAGAUUAUGGUUAUUGGUACAACAACGGAUGCCUCUUUCCAGAUAUGAUGACAGUGUUUCUUGCAUUGGACAAGUGUGAAAAAGCUAAUGGAUGCUUGAAGGUUUUGAAAGGUUCUCACAAAUGUGGCCGUAUACAGCACAGUAUGGUCGCUGAUCAAAUGGCAGCGGAUAUUGAUAGAGUGGGAGAAUUGAAGAAGAAAUUGGACUUGGUAUAUGUCGAAUUAGACCCAGGAGAUGCUCUGAUUUUCCAUUGUAACCUGCUUCACUGCAGUGGAGCGAAUGAGUCGGACAGACGGCGAUGGGCGUACCUUAUGUGUUACAACACCCGUAAUAAUAACCCAGUGAAAGUUCAUCACCAUCCAUGCUACACUCCUCUGCUUAAGGUUCCAAAUUCUGCCAUCACAGAAUGUGAGAACUACACGGAUUUUACAGGGAAAAAAUUCAUGGACAAAAGGGAACUUUCUACAUAAAGAUUCGCCAAGUAAAUUUGGUGGAUAUAUGUUUAGAAUAUAAUCGCUAAGAUGCAUGGAAGAUGUACUACAAGGAGUAGAAUUUUUUUUUUUUUUUUUUUUUUUUUUUUUUUUUUUUUUUACAAGUAUUUACAUUUCUAAACGCUCUUGCUAUAUACAUUGAUCAUUUUCAGUCUCAAUAUGGUUAACAUUUAUACUACUAGUAUCCAAACUAGAACGUGUACAUUAAUUUAAUCAGGACAUUAAAUUCUUUUUCGUUUUCACAUAAGAUAUUGAAACAUUGCAUAUAACUGAGUGUGAACUAUUUUUUAAUUCGUCCAAUCUAUUUUUUAAAAAAAAUUCAAUAACGCAUUUUAAGGCUUGUAUUGUAAAUAUCUUAUUGUUACAAUUGCAAAAAAACUGGUGCACUGUGCAGAAUUGUAAUAAAAAUGUUCAGCAAUGUUGAUAUGAGCAAAAUAUAGACGAUUUGAUGAAAUUA